GAAAAUAAAAAAUUAAGUACCACAUUAAAAAAUGACAUAUAUUAUACUACUCCGUUUAGUACCAAUUUCACCUUUAAAAAAAGGAAAACUUGGAAAUUUCAUGGAUAAGAGGAGUCGUAAAGAAACAUUGAGGCCAUGCAUCCCGCCUGGAUUGCUCGAUGAGGAUGAUUUGCUCGUUAGAGCCAGCUCCGUUUCUUCACUCACCUUCAGCAUUGAGAAUGUCAACCACAUUGAUCUCGCCUCUUUCCUUUGGCUUCUCAUCCUCAGCUGGUCAGGAGAGGAAACCGAAAUUCGCAAAUCCGUCUGCGAAACCCAGGCGCCUCUUCAAUUCAAAGCCGCAAUUGUCUCUGAUCCGAGCUUCUACUGAGUCUUCCGCUUCACUGGACACUGGUUUGACUACUGAAUUGGAUGCUGUUGCGAGUUACAGUGAGAUCGUUCCUGAUACAGUAGUUUUCGAUGAUUUCGAGAAAUUCCCACCCACAGCUGCCACUGUUAGCUCGUCUCUGCUCUUGGGUAUCUGUAGCCUUCCUGAUACCAAAUUUAAGAGUGCUGUGGACACUGCUUUAGCAGAUCCUGAGUGUUAUGGGCUGGAGGACAAGGAUGCCCAGAUGUCAUGUUUCUUUAACAAGGCUUUGGUAAACGUUGGUGCUGAUCUUGCACAUUUUGUGCCGGGUCGAGUUUCUACUGAAGUUGAUGCCCGUCUUGCAUAUGACACACGUGGCAUUGUUAGAAAGGUACACAACCUAUUGAAGUUGUACAACAGGAUUGAAAUUCCUCCGGAGCGGUUGCUAUUUAAAAUCCCUGCAACUUGGCAAGGGAUUGAGGCAUCAAGGUUGCUGGAAGCUGAAGGCAUACAGACACACUUGACUUUUGUGUACAGUUUUUGUCAGGCUGCUGCUGCUGCUCAAGCUGGUGCUUCUGUCAUUCAGAUUUUUGUUGGUCGGCUGAGGGACUGGGCACGAAACCAUUCUGGUGACUCUGAAAUUGAGGCAGCUCUUAGAAGAGCAGAAGAUCCGGGAACUGCUCUGGUGACGAAGGCAUAUAACUACAUACAUAAAUAUGGGCAUAAAUCAAAGCUGAUGGCUGCGGCUAUUCGUAACAAGCAGGAUGUUUAUAGCAUAUUGGGGGUCGAUUACAUUGUUACCCCACUAAAGAUAUUGCAGUCUCUUAAAGAAUCUGUGACUCCCCCAGAUGAGAAGUAUUCUUUUAUAAGAAGGCUAUCCCCACAGUCAGCUGCUGCCUAUAAUUUCACCGAAGAAGAGGUUGUGACAUGGGAUCAAUAUAGCCUCGCCUCAGCUAUGGGACCCGCAGCAGUCGAGCUUCUGACUGCUGGAAUGGAAGGCUAUAUCGACCAGACAAAGCGGGUGGAGGAGCUGUUCGGGAAGAUAUGGCCACCACCAAACGUAUGAUGAUGUUUGAGAAUUCAAAAAUGCCGUAGUAUAUAACACCAAGUUUGACAUCAAGGUUCACACCAGAGGCUACUUUUUUCGCGCGGAUAAUGAUCAGCGGUGAGUACUUAUUGUCUUUGUGACACUGGUGGUGUUAUCCUUGGUGUGAUUGAGAAUUAGUCACGGAGCGGGCAAGGUUCCAUUUUAGCAAAUGUUUUCGAGUUCGAUCAUUUUUCGCAUUCGAGUUCAAAACCUUGGUUGGAUCUGGAGAUCAAAGAUGGGUCUGUUCACUCUUUGAAUUGCCAAGAUUAGUUACCAAUAAAAAAUGUUAAACAUAUUU